CCCAGCCAAGCAACAUGUUUCAGCGGCCGAGGGAACCACAAUAGCCCGUGUGAGAAAAGUAGUCAUAAGCAACCAUGGGCAAGGAUAAAAAUGCUCAACGAACCAAAGGAAAUAAGAAGCCCUCCAGCAGCGGGAGGAUGGCAGAACACCUUGGAGGAGCAACAGGAUUUGUGGGUUUCAGUGCCUUACAGGACUUGGGAUAUGUCCCAGCUGCCUUACAAGGAAGUCCUUCUGAUGAUAGUACAAUAUCUGCAGAGUUCAGGGUGGCUCUGCGGAAAAUGUCCAAAAAGGAUGCCACUACAAAAAUCAAGGCAUUACAAGAAUUUGAAGCUUUAUGUGGAAAUGGAGAUGUAGAGUCCAUCAAGACAGCUCUUCCCUUUUGGCCUAGAUUGUAUGCAAAGUUAACCAUUGAUGUGGAGAGAAGAGUGAGAGAGGCUGCCCAGAUUGCUCACGGAGCCUUAGUAUCACAAGUGGGUAAACAGCUUGCCCCUCAUCUCCGUUCCAUCAUGCCUUCGUGGGUGAUAGGUAUGGUAGAUCCACACCCAGCAGCCUCUUCAGCAGCUCUGAAAGCACUCCAGGAUGUCUUUGCUGCUGAGAAGAUAGCAGAGGUUAUGAUUUUCAGCGGGAAGGAAAUUGUCGAGCACAUCAAAGACAACCUCUUUUCGCAGACACCACAGACUUUAUCAGAUGCCAAAACAACAGAUGAGGAGGACAUGAAGAAUAAAUACAUCCAUGUUCUUGUUUGUUCCUUGAAAGGCAUUUCUCUCCUGCUCUCCUACACUACCAGAAAUACUCAGAAAAAGCCAGAUGUGAUUGCAUUGGUUCAGCCUCUUAUCCAAAAUCCAAAAUUUUGGAAAAUGGCAAAACACAAGCAUUCAAUGGUACGCAUUGCUUGGUUUUCAACCCUGAGCAACAUGUUUGAGUAUGACUCUGGUCUCCUAAAAUGCUACAGUGAAGAAGUCAGUCAUGUCAUCCUCCCAUCCCUGGAUGACCAUGAAGGAGCUGUUUUACCACACAUCUGGGUGGCUUUCUUGCACUUGUGUCUCAUGUACCCGGCACUUUGGAAUGAAGGGAACAACAAGUCAGUCUUUAACCGACUGUACUCCGUUCUGCGUGACUGUGGCCGAGGAAGCUCAGCUGAGCUUUAUCCUCAUCUGUUGCCAAUAAUAAGCAUCAUACCAGAGGAAGCAGUAGGAGACAAAACAGCAUUUUACAUUGACUUUUUCAGAGCAGUGUCCACUGGGUUGAACAAGAACAGAAUGUCUCUAAGCAGUAGAGACAUCCAUGCCAUACUAAAGGCACUGUUUGAGUGUUUGAAAUACGUCAGCAUGAAUAAAACCGAUGCUGCACUCUGGGAAAUUCUAAUGAAAUAUCAGAUUAUAGAACCACUCAAGUCGUCCUUCAGUAACACACCAGCUCUAAGCACCUCAAACCUUUAUCGUGAAGUGUCAGAGCUCUUGCGGUUUUGGACCUGGAAAUCCCACACAGAAGAGGACAAGGAGGCAAUAGGAAACCUUCUUGUCCUGUAUUGGAAAAACUUUAUCCCAGAAUGUGAAAACUGUAUACAGAAAGGAAAUGAAGCCACUCUGUCCAAGAUGAAAGACUUCUUUACCAUUUUAUGGGACCCUACAUCCAAGUUCACAAGCAGAAGAGAAGGAGUCCGGUUUACAGAUGAAAGCAAGAAAGUCAGUGUAGAGAUGAAAGAGGAGGAAGAUAUUGCCAACCAAAAGAAGAAAGAGCAGGUGUUCUUAGAGCAUGCUGCAAAAAAUAUUGCAAAGCUGACUCUGACAUGUCAUGUUGCCUUUUUGGAAACGAAAAGUACAUCGGUGUACAAAAUCUUUACCAUCCUCUUGUCCUCGUUCCCAUCAGAUAGAGUUUAUACCUUGUUGUUGAACAAACAGGAUGAGGAAGAGGUCAGCAAACUACAGCUAAUGGAAUCAAUCAUCCAGCCAAAGUUAGAGAUUCAGAAUCCAGCUUUGGCAGAACACACUGUUGACAUUUUCAUGGGGGUGUAUACACUCAUGUCCCCAGAGGAGCAGAAGUUGGUCCUCCUUGAAAGCAAGAUUUCGUGGUCUAUAAGUGUUUUGCGGCGUCUGCUUGAGAAGAUGACUGAAAGGAGAGAUAUGGAUGAAGUAGCAAUGUCAUGGCUUUUGUCAGCACAGCUGGGCAACCGACUCAUUCAGCUCGUAGAGCAACUGUGUGGCUCCACCAAAUCUAAGAGUGUUGCUCAGUAUUCUCAGGAUGAGGAACUUGUCACACUGUUCAACUUUGUCUUGAGUAAUGGAAAUAAGAAAGACCACAUCAUUGCCAUGGAGUAUGUAUCCCAGAUUCUCAAGAAUCUAAGCUUCAAUCUAAAACUUGGUGAAGACUCAGAACCUGAAGACCAGAUGGUCCAGUUGGUGGCUAAUCUUGCCAGCCAGUUGUUCAGCAGCUAUGUCUGUUGGCAGACAACAGGAAUACAAGAGUUCAUGAGGUCCUUGUUCCUUCUACAGUGUCAAUCGUGGAAAUCAUUAUCAGAGCAGACCAUUAAUACCCUUAAGUCGACCUUCCUGAAGGCUUUCAAUGGUCUUAUUGCUUCAUUAGUUAAGGAGGACUCAGCCAAACUUCUUGAGGAUGGAAGUUGUCUUAGGUCCACUCUCAAGGAUAUUAAGCAGAUAAUUAUGGAAGAUAAAAGUUCCUUCAGUCUGACCAUGAGGAUGGCCAUGCUUACAAAAGACCUCUUAUCAUUGGUAUAUGAGCAGGUGAAGACACAGGAGGUAUGUGGUAUUAUGUUGGACCACAGCACAAUACAGGCUCUGCUAGAAAUCCUGGCUCCAACAGAAGGCUGUUGGGUACAAAUGGAGGAGCAACUCUCCCCAUUGUACAUGGCUCCAGCUAUACUACAAGGAAGCAUAGCCUUCAGUGAGUUCCCAUUCCCAAAGAAGAUGCAGGAAACUGUAGUGUGGGAUCACAAACACACAAGGAUAUCCAUGUUCUUCUGUGACCUUUUGCUCUUUGUGUGUAAACACAAGAAUGUUGAGGUCUUGGAGGAGGAGGAGGAAGUCUCAUUGGGUCAGUAUACACACCUUGUGGUUUCAGCCCUUCACUCAGCAUGCCAUGCCACUGUAGUGCAGGAACUGUACAAUGCUCUCAGUAAUCACUCAGUGUCAGAAGAAGUAAAGGCUGGUACCACAAAAUUAAAUGAAGACAUGGGAGCAUUGUUGGAGCUGUUAAAUCAAGGCAAUAAGCGGCUUAUUACCAAGCAGAUACGAGACAGGUGUAGUGAAGGAAGCAGUGCUUGGUGUGUGACACUUGUAAAAGUUCUUAAUAUUUGGAUGAAAGCGGAGGAUGUCAACAUUAUGCGAUUGUUGAAUGGCAUUGAGGAAUCUGCUCUUGGAUACAUAGCAACUAAACAGUCACUCCUACCUUUGCUGCCAAAUGAACCCCUGAUGGACAUUUUAGCAGAGGAGAUGGGGAAACUAAGUAGCCUAGAGGAUAGUCCCUACCUGGCUACCCCUUGCAUCUCACUCAUUACAACAGCUUUGAGUCACGUGCCUCCCACUGUCACAAAAGAUGUCAUCAGCUCCCUUUUCUCUGUGCUGACACAGUGGCGAGAAAAUGCUGAUAAUAUAUUCCUAUAUGCAACUGAUAUCUCAGGAAUGGCAUGGGAGGAUGUGGUGUUCACAUGUUCUCUGGUUCGACUGGUGACCGUCUUGGUGAAUAGACAUUCUAUGCACCUCGAAGCUCAGCACUGGGACUUUAUCCUUUGUUCUCUGUGCUCUUGGGCUCAGUCACUUGAGGAAUCCAGAUUGAGCAUCAGUGUAGAGACAGUGUCAGGAACAUUUACUUGUGCAGUGAGCAAGUGUGCAGGAUGUGUCAGUGAGGUGAUGGAAAAUUUGAAAGCUAAUCCUGACCUCCAGAAGUCCUAUCCCCCCAACCUCCUGGAGGACUGGAAAGAGUUCUUUUCUGCUUCCAUAUACAAUUCCCUCCUACCCCUUUUCAUAGAAGUUGCUGCCUCUUACAACACAACACCAACAGUCAUUCUUUAUGGAGUAUGCCGAGCCCUUUGUAUUGGUGUAUGCCGUGCAGGAACUGAUGAGUUAGCUAACCACACAUUGCCAGCAAUCUUUAAUGCUGAUGAUGCUGAAGCUGAUCUCAAACUACCAGAUUCAGAGCAGAUUUUGCUGAACCAUCUUGCCCCUCUGCUUGUGUGCUCUCAUCCACCCACACAAUAUGCAGCCUACAGUAUGCUCAGAACAGCACUCCCCGGCAUCAUGGAGCAAUGGGAGAAGAACAAGACUGUAAUUAAAGAAGAAGAAGACAUUUCUCAGCGACCUCUGCCGUAUGCCAUAACAAGGUGUAUUAUGGAGUGUGGCAGUAUUGUAGAGGCAUCACUAGCAGACAAGGAAAUGGGUGACGAGUGUAUUGUGGUUCCCUACACCGACAGCCACAUAUACAUUGCUGGCUACCUGUUGGCCUGGAGGUUAGCUCUGAAUGCCCUUACACAUGCUUCAGACGCCAACCAACACCAGUACUCUGCUUACCUUAGACAGUCAAAUCUCUUGCAGAAAUUAUUAUGUAACCUCUUCAAGUUGAUGCCCCGAGCACCUCUUGUUGAAAGGGUGAAGCAAGACAAUGUUAAGGAGGAUAAGAUGCCAUCAACCAUGUUCAGCACAGAACUCCACAUUAACCCUAUAACCAAAGUAACUUCAAGACUUGUAGCUCAUCUAGCCUGCAAGGUUUAUUAUGACUGCACAAGCCGUAUCCCUGCGGCUGUAAGACAGUGGUUCAUAAGCUUGGAGAGGCAUUUCCAGCAAGUUGUUGACCCCUUCACUGCUACAUAUGUAUCUCCAUUGUUGAUUGCACAAGAAAUGGCAGCUGUAAGCAACUCAUUUAUGAAAUUUGACAAUAUGACGGUGAAAGCUCGCACAGGAGCGAGGGAAGUGGUGGCCACAUACACCAUAGAUGAGGCUAGCAUGGAGAUAGUUCUCCGAAUGGCACCCAAUCAUCCUUUGUCCACCAUUGUUGUUGAGGACCACCGAAGACUAGGAGUUUCAGUUGCUCAAUGGCGAAAUUGGUUGCUUGGGCUAAACACAAUGCUUUCCCACCGCAACACACCUCUAAUGCAGUCUCUAGCCUUCUGGAAGAAGAAUGUGGACCAGAAGUUUGAAGGCAUUGAAGAAUGUUACAUUUGUUACUAUGUCUUACAUGGAACUAACCACCAACUCCCAAAACUCCUGUGCAGGACCUGCAAGAAGAAGUUCCACUCAGCCUGUCUUUAUAAAUGGUUCAAUAGCAGUAACAAUUCAACAUGUCCAUUGUGUAGGGCUCUGUUUUAGUAUAAAUAUCCAUAUAUAUUCUAUUGUGCUUGAAUAUUUUUAUGUUAAAAAUGUGGCCUUGAGUAGUAAUGUGAAUUGUGUCAAUUUCAUUUUAUUUAGUCACGCAAAGGUUGUUUUAUUUAUUGCUAGAUUAAUGUCACACAUGACUGGAUAACUUUAAAAAUAUAUUUGAUUGGAAUGAUGUGAAUAUAUUCUGCUGAUAAUGGAAAAAUUAUAAAUUUUGUUGUUUAAAUAUAACAAGGUAUUGUUAUAUUGUAAUAUUAAAAUUAAACAUUAUUUUCCAAA